CGACUUAUUUACUUUGAGCAUCCUAAUUAAUUGUUGUUGCGGCAUGGGUCGUAUGACGCUUGCUUUCUCUGUAUUGGCCAAGAUUUUCAGAAUGGAUUAUCAACCUAAUACGGUAACAUUGACAACAAUCCUGAAAGGUCUCUGUCUCUGUGGUAGUGUUGAAAAAGCAGUGCGCUUUCAUGACAGACUGCUGGCUCAUGGAUUUCACUUUAAUCAAGUCACUUAUGGGACCUUGAUCAAUGGCCUCUGUAAGACCGGACACACAUCAACUGCUAUUCAAGUGUUGAGAAACAUCCCACGGCAUGGGAUUGUUCCUAAUGUCGUCAUGUACAGCGCAAUUAUUGAUAGCUUGUGCAGGGAUACACUUGUAAGUGAGUCUUUUCAUUUAUUCUCUGAAAUGCUUGCUAAGGGAAUUUAUCCUAAUGUUAUCACAUACAAUUCUCUCGUUUUUGGAUUGUGUCUUAUGGGUCAAUUUAAGGAAGCCAUUGAUUUGCUAGGUGAUAUGGUGCUUAAAAACAUUACUCCUAAUGUUUAUACCUAUAGUAUUUUGAUCGAUGGGCUAUGCAAGGAAGGAAAGAUCAAAGAUGCUAAGAAUGUGUUGGCUGUGAUGAUAAAACAUGGUGUGAAACCAAAUGUGGUUACUUAUAACAGCUUAAUGGAUGGGCAUUGUUUGGUUAAUGAAGUAAAUAAGGCAAAAUUUGUAUUCAACACAAUGGUCCAAAGUAGAGUGUCACUUGAUGUUCAAAGUUACAGUAUCAUGAUUAAUGGCUUGUGCAAAAGUAAAAUGGUUGACGAAGCCUUGAAUCUCUUUGAAGAAAUGUGUCGUAAGUACUUGGUUCCAAAUACGGUAACUUACACCACUCUUAUUGAUGGCUUGAGCAAAUCAAAGAGAAUCUCUUGUGCUUUGGAGCUUCUUGUUGAGAUGCAUGAUAGAGGUCAACCUGCUAAUGUAAUCACUUACAAUUCCUUGUUGGAUGGGAUGUUUAAAAACCAGCAACUUGACAAGGCACUUAUGUUAUUCAAUCAAAUGAAAGAGAGUGGCAUUGAUCCAGAUAUAUAUACAUACAACAUACUUAUAGAUGGCCUGUACAAAAGUGGAAGAAUUAAAAAGGCAAAAGAGAUAUUUCAAGAUCUUUCCAUUAAAGGCUAUCGUCCAAAUGUGCAGACAUACACCAUUGUGAUCAAUGGGCUUUGCAAAGAGGGUCUGCUUCUCGAAGCAUUGGCACUCAUGGCAAAAAUGGAAGACAAUGGUUGCUUACCCAAUGCUGUGACUUAUGAAACAAUCAUUCGUGCUCUAUUUGAAAAUGGUGAAAAUGAUAAAGCGGAGAAACUUCUUCGUGAGAUGAUAUCUAGAGGCCUAUUGCAAGCAUAAAAGUAGAUGAGAUUCUUCUUGUUAGACAUCACAAAAUGUUGUUCGUAUCUCUUUCUUUUUAACUUGUGUUUUGUUACCAUCUUCUCGAUCGACUUUCCAUUCGAUACUAAUGCUUUUAGAUCUUCACAUGAUUGUGAUUCUUUAUUCUGCUUUACCCACACCUAAGUGUUUUCUUUGCCGUAGCUUAUUUUAUGGCAUUUUCGGUGACUAGAUGGCUGUUAUAUGUGGCCUGAAGGAUCUAUCAUUAUUUCCAUUUUUGUUUUUGUAAUUAUAUAUGUGCAUUGGUGUUAAUUUAUUCCUAAGCUGAAACGGUUGUGAUUUUCAUCAUUCAAAGGGAAUCCUUGUUAGUUGUGAAGCUUCCCUGCACUCUUAUUGUCUUUCGAUCUUUUCAUUUCCCCCAUAUUUAAAGUAAACCCCCCCAUAUUUAUUCUCUUUUGGGAAAUGAUUGCUAGAGGCUUAUUGAAUGGUUUAUAGAAGGUAAGAUACAUCAACUCAAAUUAAUAAUUUUUCUAUUAUUGUUGAAAUUAUUACAAAACUUAGUAAAUUUUGUGGCAAUUGGAUUGGAGGAUUUGGGAAUUAUCAUGAACUCAAUAGCAGCGGUUUUGGUUAUCUCAUUAUUAUGAAUGAAUUUUGAACUUUUGUUAUUGGAUGACUUUUGAGUCUCUGUUUGUUGCCAUGGCUAUAAUGCAUCCUAUUUUGGUAGAUAUUCUUUGUUGUAACUGAUUUGUUAGUGCUUAAGAUUUCUUGAUAGUAACCUAGAGCUCAUGAUUGGUGUGAUGAGCAACUGUGCUUUAUUUGACUGAAUUUCCUAGGAAAAGAUAUGUAGUGCCAAGAGCCUAAGAUUAAUGGCAUAGGUAUAUGAUUUUCACUGCUAUCUUCAAAACAAAUUCAUCUGCUAAAUGCAUGACCCCACUUUUUUGUUAACCGUU